AAUGUCUUGUCUAAAACUAUUAACAAUUAACGAGAGUACAUUUAGAAGUGGAAAAAGCACUUUACUAAAUUUCAUUCUACAUUUUAUGAACAAUACAACUGGUUCAAUAAGAAACGUUUUUAACGCAAGAUAUGAUUCCGAUGGUCUUUCUGUUACUAAAGGAAUCGACUUUUUGCCAACACUCUAUCUAAGGCAUAAUUACGGCAUACUUUUCGUUGAUUCACAAGGUCUAGACAGUCCUGAACGACUCAGAAACAAUGAUCAUUUAAUUCUCGCCUUAUUAUUUCGCAUCUCUUCAAUAACAAUUAUCAAUAUAAAGGAUAAUCUAAAGCAAUCAGAAAUAGAAAAGUUACAUUUGAGCAUUUCGCAUAGAAUACAAAAUGGAGGCAGUUACGAGACCGAUCAAUUUUCGAAUCUUGUAUUUGUAAUAAGAGAUCGGAAGAAAAGAGAUGUGUAUGAUCAUGGAAGAUUUAAUUAUAAAUUCAAAUUUAAGCAACUAGAAGAAUUUCCCGAAUUUGGAAAUCUUCUUACCAAUAUAUGGAGCAAAGAAUCCCAAUUUGUCUUAUUACCACAACCGUUUGUGGAUGACCCUGACAAUGAAGAUCUUAUACAUCUGAAUGAAAUAAAAGAAUCCUUUAAAACUUCAUUUUCACAGUUUUUGGACGAUUUAUUAAAAUUUAGCGACAGAAUAUCGAAUUACGCUCGAACUGGACCAGAAAUUAUUAGACAUAUAGAACAAAUUUCCUAUGAUGUAGUAAGAACUGAUUGGAUUGCGAGACCUCAGCGUCGAAGACAAGUACUGUCGGAUAUUGAAAUGGAUAAAUUAAAACGUUCUGCUAUUGAUGCUAUAAAGACUGCUGUAUAUGAUUUAUGUUGGGAUUGCGUUCCUACAGAAUCGAAUUCGAAUAUGAGAGAUAUGAAGCAGAAUAUCGAACUGGAAAACAAGAAAUUUAUGAAGGAAGCAUUAGACCACUUUGGAAUAGAUGAUGCAUAUUCUAAACAUGAAUUUGAAGCUUCAGUACUUGAACAAAUGAAUAUGUUGUUUAAAAGCAUCCCUAGCAAUAUAUCAAACUUUCGAUCUAAUAUAUUAGAUUGCUUUACGAAUGAUUUUGAUUCCACUUUUGAAAUUAAUUACAAUUAUACAAGAUAUCUUGAUGAAGAAGAGCUUUACGAUUUUUUCAAUUAUGCUGAUAGAAACGUAAAACAAUCACUAAUUGAUUGUUUCGAUGAAGAUAUCUCUAAACGUAUAGACGUAGAGGAGCUAAUUGAUGAUAGAAAGCGAAUGAUUAAACAUUUUAACGAAAUUUGGGAUGUAAACGCAAUUGAGCAGAUUGGAGCAACAUUUGUAAGAUUUGGUAAGGCAGUAUAUGAUUUCUUUGCUGAAGAUGAAGAAGAGACUAUGGAACGGUCAAAGUCUAAAUUAAUGAAAAAAAUUCUGGAUUUCAUAAGAGAAAAAUAUCCAGCAGAUGCUGAAAAACUAUUGGAUAUGUCAAGAUAUCGUUUUAAUGAUAAUAGUGGUUUCAAUCCUUUUCUCCUGUCCAGAGCAAGGUUACCUAAGCAUGAAAUCAAAGAAUUAUUUGGAAAAUAUAUGAAUUCUGUAAAGUUCCCUAUAAAAAGACAAUUUUAUUAUCGUACUUCUUUCAAUUACCGAAAACAUAAUAGUAAACACUUUAAUUUAAGUAGUUUCUAA